ACAUCUUUAAUCAAAUAUAAUAAUAAUGAGCAUUUAAAAGCUUCUUACCUGGAAGUUAUAACAGAAUUACCCAAGGGAACCACAGGUUUUAGUUCAAGAGAAUUCAAUUAAGUUUUUGAAUUUAAGAAAGUGCCUAAAUCAAGAAAAACCACUCAAAUGAUUUGAUUAGAAAUUAAAAUCGGAAUAUACAUUAUUUAUAAGAUUGUUUACUGGGUGUUACUGAGAAUUUACCAGUACAUUACCAAAAAAUUUAGUUUUAAAAAUAUUCUAGAAAUAUUUACUGGUUAUAACAUAUUCUUAUUUGAGAACUCAAUAAUAAUUUGUAAGUACUCUUAAUUAGGUAGAAACUCUGAGUAGACUUGGAUACAAUGUCUAGUUCCCUGGGACUUUUCAAGUAAGCAUAGACAGUUCAUUUAACUAUUCUGUACUUCAAUUCUUUAUGCUUUAGCUUAAUACAUAGUAGAGGGAUAACUCCUACUAAAAGAGAGUUUUUACAGGACCUAAGGACGGGGCUAGUGCUCCUUAUAAUGAGAUCUAUGUGAGUUAGGAAAAGCCAUCCUUUGUGGGCAAACAUAGUCCCGCAGGCUGACUGAAUUUCAGUUUCAGGCCAGUCUACAAUCUCUUAGGCGGCACAAAUUGUAUACUCAGUGGCCUCUGGGUUUUACGGACAAGAAAUACUUGCCUGCACUGAUUAGUCAGAAAUUAUAAAUACUGAGAUUUAAUUAUUUUCAAGUGGUGCUCUUGGCAUUUUGGGCAGGAUGGUUCUUUAUUGUGUGGGGCUGUCGCUUAUAUUACAGCUCUUUCCCCUAACAAAUGCCUCUUAUACACUGCUCCCCUUGUUGUUGUUACAGCACCUCCACACAUUGACAAAAGCCUCUGGAGCAAUAGGAAACCCUACCCCCAAGUUGAGAACCACUCACCUGGGGUGCUGUCCCUCUAAAGGCUCUCAUGAGAGCCAGCUGAAUUGUGUACCUGCACAUGGUUCAUUGAAAAAUUAUGUGAAAGGAAAUAAAAGUGAGGUUGUCUGAGUAAAGAAAAGCUCUUUUGUUCCAAUGUGAAUUAAAAUACCAAAGCACUCUCAGAUUAAAAAAAAAAAGGGAGUAAGGUGGAAUGACAGCAGCAAGAUGGCAGAAUAGGAAGUUCUAGCCCCCCCUUCCUCUUGUGAAGACACUGAUUCAACAACACAUGGACAAAUUCCCUUUAUGAGAAAUCUAGAAACCAGUUAAGAGGAUCCUGCACCCCUGGUGAGCAUGAAACUAACCACAUCAAAGCCGGUAUAAAAAUUUGUGUCACUAUCUGGCCAUCAUCCGUCCCACACAGCACCACAUGACUGAGAAGACAUUUCCCAGCUUCUAGCUUCUCCCUGGAGAGGGAAAGAGAAAAUUGGACUAUACAUCCAGAGUUCUGACUUUUCAGGGGAACUGCACAAGGGAUUGGCUUCUGUCUCUUCUGUCUCAGAGUACAGAUGGAAUCCUGCAUACUCUAGAUGCCUGGAACCACUGAUAGCAAAAGAGAACUGGGUAGCAUGCUACUGCUUCAAAGGACUUGUGUACAGCAGACAUCUAGACACCAGAGACAGCAAAGGAUUCCAAGCUUCUGAAAAAGAAUGAAACCAAUGAAUUUCUCUAAUUAGGAAUCUACAUGCAUAAGUCCAGAGAAGACACCUCCAUAGAAAAGAGAGAGGCCUCCAGCAUCUCUAGCCAGGCUGAUUAAUGAAGGUCUCUCUCCCUGUAUGAAGCCAGUCCUUAGAGACUGGAGAGGGCAAAAUGGAAUAUGUUUUUGAAUUGGAUGUUCCCGGGAAAGUGGAAGAUGUUGUGGAGACGUUGCUUCAGCUUCACAGAGCAUCCUGCCUUGACAAAUUGGGUGACCAAACCGCCAUGAUAACAGCUAUUUUGCAGUCUCGUUUGGCUAGAACAUCAUUUGACAAAAACAGGUUCCAAAACAUUUCUGAAAAGCUGCACAUGGAAUGCAAAGCAGAAAUGGUGACGCCUCUGGUGACUAAUCCUGGACACGUGUGCAUCACGGACACAAACCUCUAUUUUCAGCCUCUCAACGGCUACCCGAAACCUGUGGUCCAAAUAACACUCCAAGAUGUCCGGCGCAUCUACAAAAGGAGGCACGGCCUCAUGCCUCUGGGCUUGGAAGUAUUUUGCACAGAAGACGAUCUGUGUUCCGACAUCUACCUAAAGUUCUAUGAACCUCAAGAUAGAGAUGAUCUCUAUUUUUACAUUGCCACAUACCUAGAGCACCAUGUGGCGGAGCACACUGCUGAGAGCUACAUGCUGCAGUGGCAGCGUGGACACCUUUCCAACUAUCAGUACCUCCUUCACCUCAACAACCUGGCCGACCGCAGCUGCAACGACCUCUCCCAGUACCCUGUGUUUCCAUGGAUAAUACACGAUUAUUCCAGCUCAGAACUAGAUUUGUCAAAUCCAGGAACCUUCCGGGAUCUUAGUAAGCCAGUGGGGGCCCUAAAUAAGGAACGGCUGGAGAGGCUACUGACACGCUACCAGGAAAUGCCUGAACCAAAGUUCAUGUAUGGCAGUCACUACUCUUCCCCGGGUUAUGUACUUUUUUAUCUUGUUAGGAUUGCACCAGAGUAUAUGCUGUGCCUACAGAAUGGAAGGUUUGAUAAUGCAGAUAGAAUGUUCAACAGUAUUGCAGAAACUUGGAAAAACUGUCUGGAUGGUGCAACGGAUUUUAAAGAGUUAAUUCCAGAAUUCUAUGGUGAUGAUGUGAGCUUUCUAGUCAAUAGCCUGAAGUUGGAUUUGGGAAAGAGACAAGGAGGACAGAUGGUUGACGAUGUGGAGCUUCCCCCUUGGGCCUCCAGUCCCGAGGACUUUCUCCAGAAGAGCAAAGAUGCAUUGGAAAGCAAUUAUGUGUCUGAACACCUUCACGAGUGGAUUGAUCUAAUAUUUGGCUACAAACAAAAAGGGAGUGGUGCAGUUGGGGCCCAUAAUGUAUUUCAUCCCCUGACCUAUGAAGGAGGUGUAGACUUGAACAGCAUCCAGGAUCCUGAUGAGAAGGUAGCCAUGCUUACGCAAAUCUUGGAAUUUGGGCAAACACCAAAACAACUAUUUGUGACACCACAUCCUCGAAGGAUCACCCCAAAGUUUAAAAGUUUGUCCCAGACCUCCAGUUAUAAUGCUUCUAUGGCAGAUUCCCCAGUCUCUCCAGGUGAAGAGUCUUUUGAAGACCUGACCGAAGAAAGCAAAACGCUGGCCUGGAAUAACAUCACCAAACUGCAGUUACACGAGCACUAUAAAAUCCACAAAGAAGCAGUUACUGGAAUCACAGUCUCUCGCAAUGGAUCUUCAGUGUUCACAACAUCCCAAGAUUCCACUUUGAAGAUGUUUUCUAAAGAAUCGAAAAUGCUGCAAAGAAGCAUAUCAUUUUCAAAUAUGGCUUUAUCGUCUUGUUUACUUUUACCAGGAGAUGCCACUGUCAUAACUUCUUCAUGGGAUAAUAAUGUCUAUUUUUAUUCCAUAGCAUUUGGAAGACGCCAGGACACAUUAAUGGGACAUGAUGAUGCUGUUAGUAAGAUCUGUUGGCAUGACAACAGGCUAUAUUCUGCAUCGUGGGACUCUACAGUGAAGGUGUGGUCUGGUGUUCCUGCGGAGAUGCCAGGCACCAAAAGACACCACUUUGACUUGCUGGCUGAGCUGGAACAUGAUGUCAGUGUAGAUACAAUCAGUUUAAAUCCUGCAAGCACACUGUUAGUUUCCGGCACCAAAGAAGGCACAGUGAAUAUUUGGGACCUCACAACGGCCACCUUAAUGCACCAGAUUCCAUGCCAUUCAGGGAUUGUAUGUGACACUGCUUUUAGCCCAGAUAGCCGCCACGUCCUCAGCACAGGAGCAGAUGGCUGUCUUAAUGUCAUUGAUGUGCAGACAGGAAUGCUCAUCUCCUCCAUGACAUCAGAUGAGCCCCAGAGGUGUUUUGUCUGGGAUGGAAAUUCCGUUUUAUCUGGAAGUCAGUCUGGUGAACUGCUUGUUUGGGACCUUCUUGGAGCAAAAAUCAGUGAGAGAAUACAGGGCCACACAGGUGCUGUGACAUGUAUAUGGAUGAAUGAACAGUGUAGCAGUAUCAUCACAGGCGGGGAAGACAGACAAAUUAUUUUCUGGAAAUUGCAGUAUUAAGUGCCUUUUCCUCUCCUGAAUAUUAAAUUGAACUCUCUUUAAUGCAUUUGUAAACCAAACUUUUAAACGGACUGGUGAAUGUGCAAUGCUAGUAAUUAGAAGUUUUACCACAUGGAAAAUUUGUGGUUUUAAACUUUCUAAAUCAUGGUGACUUUGUUGAAAGCCAUUAGUUGCCAUUCUCUUAAGGCAGAUAAAAUGUGGCAGUGCUAGGGAAAACAUGUUACAUUGUAAGGCAGAUGAUCAUCCCUGUAUGAUGAUUGUCAGAAGACAGGACUGGGUAGCAGAGAACAGCUAAGAGAUAAAUUGGGCUAGGGAAACUUGUCAGAAAGCACUGAACAAUUAAGAAUUUUCCAAGAAAAUGUGCAGUAUUCUCUGCUACUUCUGAAUCUGUUUUGUCUUCCUAAUCUAUCACAAUUGCUACCCAUCGGGUUUUGGGUGUAUGUUUUCAUAGAGUGGUUACUUUCUAUAAUGCUGUACCCAGAUUCUAAGAACCUGGAGGAUUAGCAGUUCUUAUAACAGUAAGUUUACUGUGUAUAGGAACGGUUUGUAUUUCAUUAUAGCUAUUCAUCUUUUCUACAUUAAAAAUAUUUUUCUCUAAAGAAAA